CAUAUAAUGAGCCAUGUAGACACAAGGAAUUAUAAAUACACUUGACAUAUUUGUUAAGGUUCCAUGUCAAACCACUACAAGCCUUGCCAAUAUGUGCCUUGAUUAAUCAUGUCUCUUUCGCAAUACUGUACACUGUGGUGUAGGGUGUGAAAGAGCACUUUCUUUAUGGCGCUGUGGUGCAAUUGCAUGCUGGGAGAACUUAAAGUCCAGCUGUUAUCAAUGUGGAGAAAGUACAGGAAGAGUCGACUAGAGCUGGUUAGGUUUCGUGGUUUGAGGCGCUAAAGAUGUGGUGGAAGAUGAAGGACGUUUUACAAAUCAGGAUGUCAGCCUUCAUCUUGGCCUUGAUACUACACUUGGCUGCAUGCCAUCCAUGUGAAAGCCCCGAAAGGAAAUGCGACUUUGUAUGUGACUGUUCUGAAUGUGACGAUGAGCAGGAUUGUGGAUAUCUGAAGGGGUUUGUAUGUGACUUUGAGGAUGCUGGAUUGUGCGGCUGGAAGGAGCAGUCCUUGAAUGCAGCUUACAAGUGGGAGAGGCGUCAGAGAGGUGACAUGAUGCCUCAAAGCGGGCCCUCCUCUGACUUCACCAUCGGGACUGCCUCAGGUUGGUUUAUGGCUGUGACUGAGGUCAAGUCCGCCAGUGUCAGCACCGCUGUCCUGGUGUCACCAUCGAUGCAACAGUCGUCCCCCACAUGUCGCCUUCGUCUUAGAUAUUUCAUGUGGGAUUCAGGUGAAACAGGACUUGGCUCUUCUCCACUGUGGGCGUCUGUAAUUCAGGAGAACGCUCAACAGGCCGUCGUGUGGCGUCCUGAGGCCACCAGCGUCCGGGGAUGGAGAGAGGCCAUCAUCUUUCUGGGCCGCAUUGCCACAACAUUUCAGAUCCAUCUUUACUCACACCGGUCUGAAGGACAGAGAGGCGAUAUAGCUGUAGACCAGCUGGAGUUCCUGGACUGCGCUUUACCCUUGCCACUUCCUGGGAAAGAGUGUCCCGAUGGAAUGCUGGAGUGUAAGCGUGAGGGCUGUGUAGCGCAACGCCAGGUGUGUGAUGGCACUGACGACUGUGGUGAUGGAACGGAUGAGGAGAACUGUGAAGGUUAUCGUCGCUGCGACUUUGAGAAAGACCUGUGUGAUUGGGACCUCAGGUCAUUGUCCAAACUGAAAUGGGUCAGGAUGAGCCAGGGAAACAUUCCCAUUUCAGAUCCCGUGAAAGGACCAGGACGGGACCACUCCAGCAACAGUGCAUCAGGUCACUUCUUGUAUGUCACCGUUCCUGAUGAGGGGCUCCUGCAAGACUGGGCAGCUUUCCAAAGUCCUCGUCUGCAGCCCACCAACAGUACUCAUCCUUGCAAGAUGAUUAUGUACACACACCAGUUUGGGCCGAGGUCUGGUGGGCUGACGGUACUGGUGGCAGAUAAGAGCAUCACCCCUAUUUGGGAGCGGGGCGGAGCUCUGGGUGAUGUUUGGGUGAAAGCUGAAGUGGAAAUUGUCAAUAAUAGCCCUUUUCAGAUUCUUAUCAUGGCAGCAGUCAGGGAUUUAGCAUUUGGCGGUAUUGCUGUUGACGACAUUUUGUUGUCUUCUGAAUGUCGCCCAUCAAACGAAAGUGUUACUUUGGAAAAAAUUCCUAAAUCUCCCAAAGAUCCGUGCACGGAGCCAGAAAUGAUGUGUGACUUUCACCCUGACUGUGAAGGUGCAGAGGAUGAAGCCCAGUGUGGGGAUUUCUCCUACAGUAAAGGCAGCUCAGCUUGGACAGACACCAGUAUCGGGAGUCAAAGUUGGUUGCUUCACAAGAAUUCCACUGCAAAAGAGGAAUACUUGUAUGUGAUCAAGGCACCAGGCCAGCAACUGACUGAGGCCCAGACGCAGACCCCCCUCCUGGGCCCUUCCGGCCCGGCUUGUACCUUAAGCUUUGAUUUUUCACUUACAGGCAAUCCAGCUCACAUAGGUGAACUGUCUGUCAGGGUGAUAGACAGCAUGUUGGGAGUGCAACCAAAACUGUGGGAAUUCGGUGGAAAGACCGGAAUAGGGGAGGCGGAAUGGCAACAUGCGGAGGUGGCCAUUGGAGCCAGAAAACAUCGUUUUCAGUUGGCAUUUGAAUCCCGUGCGGUGAAACUAUGUCCUUGCGCCAAGAUUAAAGUAAAAAAUGUUUACUUCAGCGGUUGCCAUGCAAACUAUUUUCCAUCUUCUUCAACCGAACUGUCAUGCAACUUUGAGGAUAGACUCUGUGGAUGGUACCAGGACAACAGUGACAAUUUUGACUGGACACAGCUUGAUGGGAUGGACCACACGAUCGGGUUUGGUAAAAGUCUUGUGGUGGACAUGUGGAGUUCCUCACUGCGUGGUGCAUUUGGACGUUUGCUGUCACUCCCGCUAUUACCAGGUCAUACAGACAAAUGCCUGACCUUCUUCUACAAAAUCUACGGACCAAACACAGGUUCUCUGAAUGUGAAAUUAAUUGACACGAAUGGAUACGAGGAGGUGCUGUGGACUCGCAGUGGAGCUCAUGGCAACAUGUGGCACGAAGCACACUGCCCAGUACCACACCAGCUCACAACACAUCAGCUGAUGUUUGAGGCCGUUCGCUCUGGCUUUGACGGUCGAGUGGCCAUUGAUGAUGUGGCGCUGUUGGCCCGUCCCUGCACCGUGCCGAGGGUGUGCUCCUUUGAGGGCCAGGAUUGUGGCUACAAAAGCUCUGGUCAGGCUUACUGGGUUCAUCGGAGUGGACACACUGCGACAGGGACUGGGCCCAAAACUGAUCACAGUCUGGAAACAGAACUGGGUUUUUACAUGAUGGUUAACACUGGAAGAAGCUCCUUUCCCGCUGGUGCAACAGCAGCCCUGACGUCACCUAUUCGCCAGGGAACAGUUAAAACAGAGUGUCUCCAUUUCUGGUAUCACAUGGGAGGCGAGAAUCCCGGUUCUCUAUCGGUGUAUAUGAAGCCUGCGAAGGGUGAAAGGGUGAAGAUCUUCACAGAUAGUCUGAACCAGGGAGAUGUCUGGCGCCAUGGCAAUGGCAACAUCUCCACUAGCCUUGCGGACUGGCAGCUGCAGUUUGAAGUGAUUGGAAGAGGAGGAAAAGACACCCAUGUUGCCAUUGAUGAUAUUUCCCUUUCUGCACAUCCGUGUGAAAAUGAAGGUUCAAAGUGCAGUCUCGAGAGAGGAAUGUGCGGCUGGAGCAACACUCAGAACAGCAAUCGGGACCAACUGGAUUGGGAGUUGACGAGCCACGAGGCAGACGGUCACUACUCCACCCCGUUGGAAGAUCACACCCUCGGAACCGAGAAAGGCCACUUCCUGUUCUUUCCAAGUAGCAACAGGACAGCAGCCAAUCAGAAGGCUCAGCUGCUCAGCCCGCACUUGCCCCCGACUAAAGGAACUUGUCUGAAAUUCUGGGCUUUCAAACCAUACUCGUCAGACAGCCAGUUAAAGGUAUGGACAUUGUCGAAAGGUCUUCUCAAAGAGCUGCUAGAGGUGAGCGAGCUUGGAGGUCCAUGGAGACGCUUCCACCUUGACAUCAUUUCCACUGAAGAAUACCAGAUUGUCUUUGAGGGAAUCAAGGGUUCAUCUGGUGCCCUGGCUCUGGAUGACAUUGAGUACACCAUCGGGAUCAACUGUGCUAAAAAAGUCACUGAUGUCGAUAAAGCCUCAGCGAAGCCUGACAACGCUGGAGGGAUUGCGGCAUCAAUCAUCGUGGUCAUGCUGUUGAUUGGCACACUCAUAGCGCUCCUGGUUUACUAUCUACGAAUUCAAAGGAGGGUCACGACUUUGACCAACCCAUCCCCUUCGACUGCUGGUUUCAGUAACGACACUUACGAACCAGAUGCCACAGAGAACCACGUGAGAAUACCACCAGCACAAAACCACCCGAUGGCAGCUGGGUUCAAUAAUGUCUCUGUGUCUGCUGGUGUCAGAGAGAGGGAGGUGGCAUGAGAAGAGGUCCCACGACUCAGGUGGCUUUGUGAAAUUUAGGCGAUAUCACAGCAGAAGAACUGCUUGUGUCGACCUUACAUCUCACACACACACACACACGCAUACACACAUACACAAAUAUCCACACUGAUGAAGGUCUAAUCAGGACACUGUUCUUCACAUGUGAUGACCUCAAUGAGGUCCGACGACUGCUGGAGGCCAAAAAGCGGCAUGAUGCGUUGCAUAGGUGGAAAUCUGUCUUAACGUCUGGGCCUGCAGAUGAAAACACCUGAGUAGUCACCUUAAGACGCCAUUUGCAGUGCACUGUGGGCAUGAAGUGGAAAGGGGCUGAGGUUGCCAGGUGCUUUUUUUAAGGUUGCAUUGUGGAACUUGAAAGCCCACAAGGACAAAUGUCUUUUGUAAGGGCAAUUGAUAAACUGAUAGACGGCCCUGCUGGGAAAAAAGAAAAGAAUUGUAACAGAUAAGAAAGGGCAACAGACAGAAACAUCAUCCUGUAUAAUCUAUGAUAAAUACAUUAAAUUCAUGAGCAUUGAAAUGUCUGUUUUUUUUAUAGUUUCACUUCGUAAAAAAACUUCAUUCAUUUAUUACAAUUAAUCGCAUAUUAGUAAGAAUAGAAUAAAAUGUCCAGUGAUACCGGCCGACCGGUAUGAUCACCUGAGGGAGGCUGACGUCAUCGCAGUGCCUCAAUUAAUGGUUUGCUCGGAUGCAUUAAGGGUAAAUUAUUUUUUUAAACUCACAUCGGUACGUGUUUGUAUAUUUCUCAUACCAUUGUUAAUUGACACUGUGAGUCAGACUGUUACAUUGUUAUACUGUUACCCGAUAGGUUAACAUGUGUUUCCUAACUAUGAACCAUAUAAGGAAGUCCGCCCCUCUGUGACAUCACAAAGGAAGAGUUUUACCACGCCUUUUGAAACAAAGCGUUUUGGGCCAUCCAUAACUUCUUUCAGUGCUCACUUCCAAAUACGUAAACCUCAUUAUCUGAAACGUUGGCAUCGUUUAACAUGAAAAUACAACAUUCUAGCUACAUUUAUUGGUCCCCUUUAAGAAAAAAGCUGUGGCUUAUACACCAGAAUUUAUGGUACAUUGAUUUUAAAGUGAUUAAUAGAGCGUAUCAUCUUUUUUGCACGUUUAAAUAUUGUCUAAAUUAUUUCCCAAAUGCAAUUCCACCCUCUGCCAUCUCUGUGUGGAGUUUGCAUGUUCUCCCCGUGCAUGCGUGGGUUUUCUCCGGGUACUCCGGUUUCCUCCAACAUUCCAAAAUCAUGCUAGGUUAAUUGGCGACUCCAAAUUGUCCAUAGGUAUGAAUGUGAGUGUGAA